CUUCGAGAUUUCCCUGCUCAAUUCGACUUCAUUUCUCGCGAGAGUUGUCUUGUGUCUGUUCUGAUGCUGCUGAGCUCGUCUGCUAUGUUUGGAAUGAGUUCAAAGUACUCAAGUCUCAUUUCUUCAGCGUUGCGGUGUCCGUUUAAAUGGCUGCCAACCCACCGAAAAAUUUCUCAUGGGUGGACCCAGGAAAAGUGGCCGGGCUGGCCCUUCCCAGGAUGACGGCAGAGUACCAGUAUCUGCUGGACCAGGGCAUCCAACACCUGGUGUGCCUGUGCGAGUGCAAGCCGCCCAAUUACGACACAUGUCCCAAGUUGCAGCUGCAUCACAUCAAGAUCGACGACUUCACUCCACCGUCGCCGUCUCAGAUCGAUAAAUUCCUCGCCAUUGUGGACGACGCCAACAGCAAAGGAGAGGGCGUGGCUGUCCACUGCAUGCAUGGCCACGGAAGAACGGGCACCAUGCUGGCCUGCUACCUGGUCAAGACGAGGAAAAUGGCCGGCAUCGACGCCAUCAACGAGAUCCGCCGACUGCGCUCGGGCUCCAUCGAAACCCACGAGCAAGAAAAGGCAGUGGUACAGUUUUAUCAACGCAUUAAGUAGAUGGCGUUCCCGCUAUUUGUGGGAACUGGAGAAAAUCUUUUGAGUAAUCGAGACAAUUCCCUGAAAAAAAGAUUUGUAAUUACCAAGAGGUGCCAGAAGAUGGCGGCAAAGCACUACUUUUAUUGUUUUAUCAUAAACUAGUGUAGAUUCUAAAAGAAUGAGCUCACAGAUGAAUCGUGAAAGUGUGGUGAUCAUGGUAUGCGAUUUCAACUUUUGUAUAAGAUGAAGUACUUGAUGAUUUCCAGUCUGCAAUUGAGACUUUAAAAUGUGAUCGAGCCAAAAUGAAAGUUCAAGGACACUAAAAUCAAGUGUACCAUAAUGAGUGUUUUACGAUCGGUCAGGGUCUAACCCGAAAGCUUUGUUUUGACAUAACUUUGUAUGGGCUUUUUUUUU